GGGACUCCACCAUCAUGAUUUACACACACAAAGACGUGAAUCCACGCAAUAUAAUUCCAAUUUUCUAACCUUAUGCACGCCCAUAACAGAGCAAAAAGCCAAAGAGGAUCAUCAUCAUCAAAAAAGGUUCAAGACAAUGAGAGUGAAAGCAACUUUGAUUAACUUCAAAUCAAAGCUUUCCAAAUCAUGCAACAGAUUUGUCUCACUCUUCCGCUUCAGAGUUAAAAGACCUGUCUUUAUUAGACCUCUUCGUUCCCGUCAUAGCAAUGUCAAACCUAGACGUCAACAUCAUCCCAAGAAGCCAAUCUGUUCUUGUCUUUGUUUUCUCAGCACAAGCAAGAACCAGAAGAUGAGCAACACCAAAGCCAGAAGUUCCACUUUUAGUGUGAACGAUGAGGAUUUCUCAAAGUAUAUGCAGUCGCCUCUUACACCAGCAACAGCCAAGAAGCUGUUCACUUCACCCAUCACGACGCCUGCUUACGCUGCACGGACCAGGAGAUCGCUUAACUCAAGAGACGCAUUCGAAGACAAUGCUGUGGAAGAUGCUUGCAGAACAUUUGAAAACUAUCUGAUCCAUCUGAUUGUUGAAGAAGGGAAGAUAGAUGACUUAAUGGACAUAGAGGAGCUUCUCUAUUGUUGGAAGAAUCUUAAGAGUCCUGUCUUCAUUGAACUUGUGUCCAGAUUCUAUGGAGAGCUCUGCAGAGACCUGUUUUCAGGUGAAUGAACAGAUCAAUACAUGAACGAAAGAUAUCUUUCUUUGUCGACCAAAAUAAUUAAUAUAUUUGUGGUUUGACAAUUGUUGGAUACACACUAUCUUAAGGUUUUUUUAGUUCAAAGUUGAAAUGUGUAAAGACCAUAAAGAUUGUAUGUUUUCGCAUUUCACAUAAGCGAGAAACUUGGA